UGCUGUUGCUAUGCCAGCGAUUGAAACGCCGACGCCAUGCUGUCACCGGCUGUGAACGGUGAAUGGAUGAAGUCGAGGAGGCGACGGAGGCUCUUUUGGCCUGGGGCCAGCAGGCUUUAGCUGCUAAGCCUGGUGCCAGCGAGGCCAGCGAGGCCAGCGAGCUGAAGAUACUCCAUCAGGAGGUCGAGGAGCUUGAGGCGCAAGUGGCCCUCUUUGGGGAACGCCAAGUGCGGGAGUGUCGCCUCAGUGCCAAGUGCGAGGCGCAUGUCGUUGAAGCGCAGAUGGAGGCAGAAGUGCAGCAAGAGCGAGAGGAGCUUCGACGGAUGGAAGACCAGGUGGCCCAGUCUGAACAGGCUUUGCGACGCUGCGACCGUCGGAGGACGGAAACCGCGAAGUUCCUGAAACGAGCUCCGGAGCUCCCAGAUGCAAAGACCCAUCUGGAGGAGGAAAAGCUGCAGGAAAGCGAACAGCAAGAACUUCUGCGGACCGAGGAGGAGCUUGAACAGCAGUUUGUGCAGCAGCGUCAGGAACUCCUAGCAGAACUCCAUGCGGAGGAGUUCCGACAGGAAUUGGUGAUGGAAAGAUUGCGGCGCUGCCUGUCCUCCCUGGAAAGCUCAGCCGCAGAAGCUGAAGAGAAAGCCAAGGAGUGCACUGCUUUGCGAUCUACCGCGGCCACUGUUCAAGAGCGGCUGGAGCAGUGCAAUAGUCGCGUUGAGGAUCUGGAGGCGUUGGCUGCCAGCUGUUCAAAGGCUUUGAGAGAGAGCUCAGUCCAGCUUGUAGAGUUCGAGCAAGACAGCGCGGUUUUGCAUCAGGAGUUGGAGGAAGAUGUUGGUUUUCCAGUCGCCGAAGAGAUGCAGGAGCGAGAAGAGCAACUCAUUCAGCAGAUGAAGGACAUUUUGGAGGCGAACUCCGAUUCAGUCGCGGAAGAUGCGUUGGAGGAAUCAAAGAGGCAGAAGGCACAACUCGAGGAAGUAGUGGCCACCAUCAGGGCACAGCUUGGGAUCCUCGAGAAUUGCGAGGAACUGCAAGAGUCCGCCUUCCAGUUGCGCGAUGAGCUCAAGUCCUUGUCGCUGGCGCAGGAGUCUUUGGUACAAACCCGCGACAAACUCGAAGAUGAGAUCAUGCAAGACAACAGCUUUCGUUACGCAGAGGCCAAAGUCCAAGAGCAGACUGCGCAGGAAAUGGUGGUGGUGAAGCAACUCAAGUCAGAGCUGCAGCUUGCUGAAAAGGUUUUGCUGGAUGACCUCUCUGCCAAACUUGCAGCUCGCGAGAGACGGGUGCAACUUUUGGCAGAGCAGUUUCGACGUCGGAGAUCUUGUCAGGCCGAGCCGAUGCGCAAGCUGAUCAGAAAAGAUGAAGCAGAUGGGUUUGUAGCCACUAAAACUGGGAAACGAUGGUGAAAG